AUGCCCUCUGCCUUAUUUAGAGAAAAACGGGUUUUUACUGCGACAAAGGAAGCUCAACGCCUGUUGAUGUCCAAAAGAUUUGCCCCAAAGGGAAGUACUGCCCCGAAGGAACUGCCGAACCCCUUCCUUGCAGUGGUGGCACAUACCAGCCGCAGGAAGGUGCAACAUCGUGCAUCGUAUGCCCACAAGGGUGCAACAUCUGUAGAGAGCUGCCAGCUUUGCGAAGGAGGCCAAAUGUGCAACACUCCUGGGACGGGAACGCAAGGAGGCAACGCCAUGACGAACUGCCCAGCAGGAUACUACUGCCCUGAAGGAGCAGGUGCUGUUACCCCUACAGCGUGCAGUUACGGCGAAUACUGUCCUGAGAAGUCCACAGCCCCUACGCCUUGCCCAACAGGCUACUACUGCGCAAACGAGGCACUUGAGUGGCCGACUGGCAGAUGCCGUGGAGGGUAUGUAUGCAAGUUGAGGGCGGCAACGCACAGUCCCGAGACUGCAACUUCUGGGACCGCUUGCACGGAAAAUUCCCAAGGAUAUCCGUGCCCUGCUGGAUAUUACUGCCAAAGUGGUCCCCUAGUUGACACGUUUGCGGGGUCUGGCCAACAAGGGACUGGUGGUGAUGGAGGUCCAGCGAAAGAAGCAGCGUUUACCAGUCUAAAAGGAAUAGCAGUGAACCUCGCAAGAGGAGAACUCGUCAUAGCAGACGCUGAUAUGGGACGCAUCAGCAUCAUUCAUCUAAGCACAGGCAUUCUUACUGACGUCGCCAUAGGGCUGGACAAGCCAGAAGGGUUAGCAGUAUCUAAUGAUGGGAAUACACUUUAUGUAUCGCUUUCCGAUGCUGGGAGGGUUGUAGCCAUCGAUUUGAACGACAACAGUCAAACUGAUAUCGCAAGCAGCUUGUCCACCCCAUCUGGGCUGUGCCUUUCGCUCGAUGGAGAGACGCUUUAUGUUGCCGAAGCAAGUGCUGGCCAAAUAUCAGCCAUUGACAUUGACAAAAAGACGAAGACGUCUGCUGUGGGAACCGGAGGCACAGAUGAAUGCCGGCCUGUCCAGCGGAGCGAAAUCCCCGCCAAAGCUGUCCAGGCGUUAUGUGAAAAUGGCCUCAUGUCUGCAGCGGAUAUAGCACUGAACAAACCACGUGCUGUUGCCCUGUCCCCAGAUGGCGCGAUUUAUGUCGCAGACACCGGGAACUCUAGAGUGCGUUCGAUCCGAGCUUGA